AUGCCAAAAGAAACGAAUCCUAAUCAAAUCAAAGCAAAACGUACAUUAAUAGAAGUUAGAGAAAUCAAAGGCUAUAACUGUGGUCAUCCUUGUCGAGAUAAUUAUAUUGAAAUUAAAAAUUUCAAAGAUAAAACACCAACUGGAGCUAGAAUUUGUUGUGACACAAAAAAUGACAGAAUUCUAACUAUUAGUUCUGAAGAAAAUACUGAAGUAUUAAUUAUGAUGAAGGGCUGGAUAGGAGAAUACGACAUUAGUUACAAAGCCGGUAAGUUAUUUUAA